UACCACCCUCUCUCUCUCUAGCUCCUUUCUCUCCCCCCUCCUCUCUUUCACCAUGGAGAAGGCUUUGAGGCAUUUCUUCCUCCUCUUCUUUGCCUUCUCCUUGGUCUUUCUCUCAAUGGGGAGUGAGGUGAAUGCUCGUGCUUCUACUCAAAGGCAUAAAAGAUCUAAUGGUGCUCAUUAUAAGAAGCUUUUCGUGUUCGGCGAUUCCUACGCCGACACUGGGAACCUCGGGAACCUAGGGAACAUGUUCACCGCUUCAUGGUAUGAACCAUAUGGUAUGACAUUUCCUCAUAAGCCAACUGGCCGGUUCUCCAAUGGAAGGCUUCUCACCGACUACGUCGCUUCAUUUCUUGGAAUCAGAUCUCCCCUUCCUUACAAGUAUAGGAGGCUGGAGGUGUCCAAGAAACUGCUACCAUAUGGCAUGAACUUCGCACGUGCUGGGAGCGGCAUCUUUGACAAUAGCAACUUUCAGGACAACCUAACGCUUCAGGUUGAUGCAUUCCAGUGGCAGGUUAAAGCAGGCGUCUUCCCCGAAUAUGAUCUCAAGUCGUCGGUGGCGCUGGUUUCCGUCUCCGGCAAUGACUACAAAUAUUACAAGGAAACUAAAGGCAGUGACACUGCUACUUUGGAUUUCGUGAACCGUCUGUUCCAACAGCUCAAGACAGAAUUAAAGCGCAUCCAUGAUAUUGGUGUGCGCAAGGUGUUGGUCACCAACCUGCAUCCUGUGGGAUGCACUCCCUACAUGACCAGGGUUACUAACUACACAAAGUGCGAUUCUACCAUCCACUUCGAAGGACAAGCUCACAAUCAAAUGCUGGAAACUCUAAUCAAGGAGCUGAAUGGAGCAGGCACCAACACCUUCUUCAGCCUCGAUCUUUUUACAGCCUUCGACUCCAUCAUCAAUCAAGUGAAAGGAGCUCCCAAGUUUGAAAACAUCCUGAAGCCAUGCUGUGAUGGCAAUGAUAACACUUCAACAUGCGCACAGACAGAUGAGAAUGGGAUGAAGAAGUAUUCUCUGUGCUCCAACCCAGACACCCACUUCUAUUGGGACUGGUUGCACCCCUCACAGGCAGGUUGGGCUGCAGCUUUCGAGUAUCUGAAGCCUGCGAUUCGCCGCUUUCUGUCGCUGUGAGCUUGGUGUCAAUAGUUUCAUGAGCAACUCAAGCCUAUGCGAGUAGAUGAGAAAGGGACAUAUGUAGUUUGUUUCUAACUCCCUUGUACUGUUCCAAUUUCAUCAGAUGUCUUGGUUCCUUUUUUUCAUCUGAAAGGAUAUGUUGCAUAGGAAUAAAUGGAUGAAAAAAUGAAUCCAACGUCCCUUGCAAAAUAACAACGAAGGCUUUUCAUUUAA